GUCAGUGUGAUAAAGACAGUGCUACGUCGAGGAGGCCCAGUCUACUUGUAUUUCUCUCUCUCUCUUUCUCUCUGUCUCUCUCUCUCUCUCUCUCUCUCCCUCCCUCUUUCUCCCUCUCUAUCUUUGUCCAGUAGGUUAAAGCAAGACAGAGACAGGGUGUCUCUCUCUCGGCGGUUCUGAACCCCCGGUUUUCACAGUCUCUCAUUUAACGACGAACGCGUUCGCGUCUGACGGUGGACUCUCUGUCCUCUGUCCUCGAUGUUUUUUCAAAAAAUUUGCAAAGUGUACGUGCGUCUUUAUUUAAUCCUGUUAGCGUGACAUUUCGAUCAACAUUGGGAAUAUUGGACCUAAUUUACAGGCCUAUCGUAUAGUCUGCCUUUCUUGGAUAUUGCGAGUGUCUGUUAACGUGAAUUGUUUUCAAAAAGGAAGAGAAUGAGUUUAUAUAAAUGUUGAGAAUGAUACAUAUUACCGAGGACGAUGAUGAUUACAUCUUAGCGAAGAUACGUUCUUCCUCUCUCUCUCUCUCUUUCUCUCUCUUAUUCUCGAAGUGUUACCGAAUAAGAUUCACGAAUGGACGAGCCGGGAGCGUUUAAUCCCUUGCCUCUCGUUUGCAUAAUUAGCCGCGGUACUGCGCUGCGGGCUCCCUCGAGGUAGAGAGAGGAGGGUAACCCGUAAACUUUGACCGCGAAGAUCUUGCCGAGAAGGCAGAGAAAGGAAAGGAAACUUCGAAACCUUCGCGAGAGGAGCCUUUCUAUAUUUUGAGGAAAAUCCUUUUGAGAGAGACGGAAAAGAAGGGAGACGAAUAAGAGAGAGAGAGAGAGAUAGAGAGAGAGAGAGAGAGAGGGAGAGGGGAUGAUAAAAAUGGACUCUGUCAAAUCCUGCUGAUCGUUAAAACAGAGAGAAAGCCGUGUAAAAAGUGUAGUUGUGACUGUUAUCGCAAGUGUAUGUGACACGUAAAAAAAGAAAAACAACAACAGCCAGAUAUUCGUCAGGAUGCCGAGGGGUUCAUUGUUAAUCCUUUUAGUAAUGAUGGCAGCGACAACGAGAUUAGUUAGUCCAGACAAAUGUGCCGAGGAGUGUACCUGCAAAUGGAAAAAUGGUAAACGUACCGUAGAAUGUAUAGAUCGUGCUUUAACGAGUAUACCAGAAGAGAUCGAUUCAGAGACACAAGUGUUGGACAUGAGCGGGAACCAUGUAAGAAGCUUGCCGAGUAACAUCUUCGUACGUGUACGCCUGACGAAUCUCCAGCGUCUCUAUCUACGCGAGUGUCGUAUCGACCGAAUCGACUCGGAGGCUUUGACCGGCCUGACGAACUUGGUCGAGCUCGAUCUAAGCAAUAAUUUGUUAUCAGGGGUGCCAAGUGCUAGUUUUUCGAACACUCCCUUUUUACGUGACCUAGUGUUGGCGUACAAUCACUUGGAAAGGAUUCAUUCCUAUGCCUUUAAGAAUACACCCAACUUGGUUAAGCUCGAUCUCUCUCAUACGAAGUUGAUCGAGAUCGAAGCCAAAGGAUUUCGCGGUUUAGAGUCAUUGGAAAGUUUGAAAUUGAAUGAAAACGAAUUGACUACGUUACAUCCCGGUACGUUUGAACCAUUGAACAAACUCACCAGUAUCGAACUACACGAUAAUCCAUGGAUUUGCGAUUGUCGUUUGCGAGAGAUGAAGUUGUGGCUUGUAAAGCAUAACUUGCCGACAUUGGUGGCGCCCGUUUGUCACGGACCUGAACAAUUAUUGGAUAGAGUUUUUACCGAUCUAGUGAUCGACGAUUUUGCCUGUCGUCCUGUACUUUUAAUAGCGAGUCAUUAUGCCGAGGCUACGAUCGGCGAGAAUGCUAGUAUAGUGUGUAGAGUCAGUGCUAUACCACCUGCCAAAGUUAAAUGGUAUUGGAACGGUCGGUUGUUAACCAAUCAUUCGGCGUUUAGUAGCUAUCAGAAGGUCUUGAUAUUCGAGGAGGGACAAUUUCGCAAGAGAAGUACAUUGGUACUGACCAAUGCACAGGAGACUGACUCCAGUGAGUUUUACUGUGUCGCCGAAAAUCGUGCUGGUAGCGUGGAAGCUAAUUUCACGCUUCACGUGUCAUUAAGAACGGCUGGGAUGUCGACGUUAGGAUCGGGACAAAUAGCAGGGAUAUCGGCAGCAUUGGUAGGCCUGAUACUCUUCAUCCUACUGAUCAUCCUAAUUCUUUUCAUUCGUCUAAGAAGAAUGCCCCUGAAAGACAUGAAAUCUCAAACACCGGUUGAAACGGUGUCUGGCGAAGGCAACGGCGAAACGAUAAACCCAAUGGAAAACCCAUCGACGACCUCGUCUUUGGCUCGAAGAAAACGCGAAGAGAUCGAAACAACGUCGUUCGGGAUCGAUGCGAAACCGCCGGUAUCCUUGAACCUAAGUUACGUUCAAAGACCGCAAACGGCUUUGGUCCAGAACGAAAGUGACUAUAGUAACGUUACGAGAUACGACGAGCGUAAUCAAGGUGGUAUCGGUGGUUGUGGUAGAUCGUCGUUGGUAGUACCACCAACCGGUGGUUGUUUUUCAUCAACUACGUCAUUGAUGCCCAUCGAUAAUCCUGAUUUGAUAAGGGACACUAGACGUGGCUCGGCCGAAGAUCUAACGCCUUACGGUGCCGGUGGUGAUUUCGUUGGUGGUGUUGGCCGUAUGGAAUUAGUCGACGAUGGUAAAAUAUUAUAUUCCAGUUGUCUUUGGGAUAGUAGUACUGCUACAACGAGAGACAGCACCGGCAACAACAGUUGUAGGGAUGGUUGUAGAGAUAAUUGCAGAGGUGCUUCGUUACAAGUCAGUUCAUAUACGUCGUCCAAGGAAACGCUAGCCGUUGUAGCACCAACGGUCGAACAAUUUCCACCAGGUGCGAAACAAAUGCGUGUAUGGCAAAAGGGUGUACCCGUAUUACCGCCUGUAUCAGCCCUCAAACGUGUAUUAGGAUCCACGCGUAGCUCACCCGAUGAGGGCUAUCAGGAAGGCACUGGAACCGAUGUCUAGGGGAGAAGAAUAUUUGUGAAUGACGAUAAAAGUUUCGUCGAAGUUUUUAUCAACAAAAACUUUUAUCGCACGCGCCUGAUAUCGAUGGAAAAUGGUGGCAAGUUGGCAGAUGCAUACAGGAAACGCAUCCGAGACUGGGCUAUCUCAGUUUUUUCUGGGUUGCGUCUGGAUUUCAAUCUCGGUACCACCAUUGGAGUUUCCGUUCAUCCAUUCCUUCGGAAUUUGGCUCUCGAGACUACGACAGGUUCGAGGAAAUUCGCAAAUACGUAUGGAUAUUGGGUAUUCCCUCGGUGGUACCCGCAGAGAGAUCGAAAUCAUGAGCGAAGGCCAUCACGUCCAGAGCUGCGGUGAGUGCGUCACCAAAGCCAGCGGUCAACGCGGAAACUUCGGUGUUACCGCCGACGUUUGGAC